AUGUCAGAACACAACGACAAGUUGACAUUGACUCUCCCACAACCCAUCAUGGUUGAAAGGAUAAAAAUUCGUCUGUGCGACCAUGAACGACCAUUGGCCCACGAGAAAUUCAAUGUUACAUUUCUAGACGCGUCGGAUUUUACACACCAAGAACGUAUUUACUCUCAGGAACUGCUUGGAGAAUUUGCGGAUGCAUCAAACUUCAUGGUAUUGUUUGAACCUGCCAUGUACACGAAAACAGUACACACCAACAAAUGGCAUGCCUUGAAAUGUUCAACAUUGCAUGUCCUGGGAUGCACUCCAAACGACAUGUUUAACCAAAGCUUUUGCCAAAAUGGCGGAAAAGUGGUCGGAGAUCAUUAUUGCACAUGCCCGACCGGAUUUAUGGGAGCAACUUGCGAACGUCUUGUACAAGAAAUUGUCGUUGAUGAUUUUGAUUUUGUCGCCAAUAUCUCCGAUACCGUAUUUACAAAAGACGCCGCAUUCAAUAUGAGUGGUGAUGUCUCCUUUACGUUUGAUGAUCAAACUCAGCAGAGCAGUGCUCGACGAAACACACACUUGCACAGGCACCAUCUUCACCACGGCUUUGCACAUUUUACAGGUCAUGGCGGAAGUCUCCAUUAUACAGUGACUAAAACGGCUGGUUUCCUGCACAGUAAUCAUCAAACAGCUGGGCACCAUCCGUCACAUAACAUCUACUCGGGCCUUAAUAAUUUCGUUGCUGGUUUUUCGCACACAUUUCAAAUUAAAUUUGGACAUCACCAUCACCACCUUAACAGACACUAUUUCUACACAACCCAUGGGAUAAACCAUUUUUCACACGGCGCUUCUUUGCAUAUUCUUAACAAUGUUUUGCACAUGCACGUGCACUAUGCAAACAUCAACGGCCACCAUCAUCACUUUCACUUACAUUUCAAAUGGAAUCCGUUACCAAACAUCAACUACAAGGUCGUCAGUUCUUUCAAUAAACACUUUGGUGCAACGUUGUACAUCAAUGGAAAUUAUGUUGCUUCCCUUACUAAGCCUGCUGUGACACCACCACAUAACAAUUUCCCAGGGAUACCAAAGCCUUUGUGUGUUGGAUUAUGUGGUGCUAAACCAGGGUCUGGACCAUACAACCUUACCAUGCAAAAUAUCCUUGUGGCUGGAGCUAACGUAGCGAAUCUGGCAAAGAACAAUCUCCUUGGUUUAUUAGGUAUUUAA